AUGUGAAAACAUAUGGUGUUUUGGAACUGCUUGGUUACUGUGGUGGAGAAAUAGCUCCUGACCCGAAACAGGAUCUUUUUAACAAAAAAUAGCGGUGUCCCUACCCUUAUAAGGCAUGGGCAGGCUCAGCAUGGCGCUGCAGGAGGGGCGGUGACGGGUUCAUGCUGCUGGGUUUUCUCCGGCAGCGGUCGCAGGCGAGUGGAGAAGUUGAGCUGAAAUUGCAAACGCUUCGUCCCUGGCACUUUGCAGCGAAACUCAGUCAAGAGAGGAGGCAGCAGGUGAAAUUAAAAAAACCCAAACAAACCAACGCAACCACCACUUGAUCAUGGGAAAAUCAGCUUCCAAACAAUUUGCCGAAGAAGUCUUGAAAGCACACAAUGACUACAGGAAGAAACAUGGAGUUCCCCCUUUAAAACUCUGCAAGAAGUUAAACAGAGGAGCCCAACAGUAUGCAGAAGAACUGGCUACCACGAGGGUCCUUAAACACAGCUCCGAAUCUGCUAACGGAAAAUAUGGAGAAAACCUAGCAUGGGCAUCCUAUGACCAAACAGGGAAGGAUGUGGCUGACAGAUGGUACAGUGAAAUAAAAAAUUACAGCUUUCAAAACCCAGGGUUUUCUUCUGGGACAGGUCACUUCACAGCAAUGGUUUGGAAGAAUACAAAAAAGAUGGGAGUUGGAAAAGCAUCUGCUAGUGAUGGCUCAACAUUUGUGGUGGCUAGAUAUGAUCCCGCUGGAAACGUAGUAAAUCCAGGCUAUUAUGAAGAAAAUGUCCUUCCUCCAAGAAAAUAACUUUUUUUUUUUUUUUAAAGGUAGUCCUAUGGCUUAAUGACAAGUGAACCUGGAUUUGGACUUAACAGUGUUUGAAAUGAAACAAGAUUCAAUGAAAUUUCCUGUUUGAUACUGCUGUUCACUUCUCAUUACAGAGGAAGCAAUUACAUGUUGCUUGAGUCAAUCUGCACAUUAGGUCCCUGUUGUUUCUGAGGGGGCUUCAGUUUAUUUGAGGAUGAAGUCUAUGCAGCACUUCCGAAGGUUAAAAUCUGUAACUUUUUUUUUAAUAGUUUGCAUGAACUCUGUGUCAGCAUGUGAGUAAGCACAUGUUGGAUGUCUUUCUUUUUAAACAAGUACAUUUAUAGCUUUCUGUAAACUGAAGAUACCAGCUUGUAAGUACAUCAUGUAGUCCCAGUUUUCCAGUAUUUUCUAAUAACUGUAACUACUUUGCUCUAUCUAUACCUCCUGCUACUCUGGAGCCUUCUCUCUGCACAUGGAAUAUAUGCAAAACUUCCCAUAUGAAAGGUACACAUAUAAAAUGUAGUGGAAUUCAGACCUACAUGGUUUUAUUAAAAGGAUCUCACAGAACACUAAAACAUGGCUGGCAAAAUUCUAUCUAUAAAGCAAACCAUAAUGCAUGCAUGACCUGAAAGCUACUAAAAUUGUUUAAAUCCUAGCGUUACAUUUCAGGUGCUAAUACUUAAAAUCUAUUUGAGAUGAGUGUAUGUCAAGUUCAAACCCAAUCUUACAGUUUACAGUAUGUACAUCGUCUUAUAAUCAAAUGGUUUACUUCUGUUACAAGAAAGUAAAAUACUACUUUUUCUCUUAGAUAUUUUCACACAAAAAAGUUACUUUGAUAAAGCAUGCUGGAUUUUGUUUCUCAACUUAUUUUUAUUUCCUAAGGAAUAUCUUCAGGUGUCAUGCUAUACAGACAAUAACACUCCCAAAUCAUCUCUUGUCUCCUUUAAUAAUGUCACAGUAAGAGGUAUUCACAUGGUCAUAAUUAAAAGACGUUUACUCUUUGUUCGUAACAUUCAAUAGUAAAAAUACUUCACAUGCUGGAUUGAUGCCUUGAAAAACUUCAGACUGAAUUUCCUUAAAAGCAAGCAAGCAAAAAUUCAAAAGACACUUUCUUCUCUUGUGAAUUGGGCCAUUUUGGCCAGGUUCAUAUGCUGUGCUUCCAUUUGGGGUUUUCUUUUCUUUGUAAAUGUUUCUUUUGACUUCUGCUGAGAUUCAAUAUGCCAGAAUUUGGUUCAUGAAGAGUGCCAUUACAGAAAUACUUCUUUUUGUUUACACAGUUGUAAUAAACUGCACUGUUAUGGCUUGAUUAUAUGUCACUGUGAUGCUGUAUGUUACAAUCUUCUUGCUGUAACCAAGAAUUUAACACAUAUAAUCAACAUCUGAAAAUUAAAUAUUUUUGAAUAUGAA